AUGUCGCAGUUGGGGAGUGUUUCUGCGGGUUUCCGUCUGCUGGUAAGGACGAUAUCGUUGGAAAAAUAUCACCGGCGGCUUGGACAACUUCUUCAGGAGCAGCAACUUUCGAUUUUCAGAACAGCAACUACCGAUGAUUCAGCACUUUAA